ACUUUCUGGGGAUGUGCCCAAAUUACACUCUACUCCCCAACCUCGCCAAAAAAGAGCGAAAAUAGAACCCACCUGCCCUGCCAUGUCCCGCUCCAUUUUUCUCACCCACCCAUCGCAAAGCGUGUUGGACGAACUUCUCCUCUAGAGUCAAUACCCUUCGAAGAUUACUCUGGUUUCUCAAAUUCGAAGGUUUGCAUCUCUAAUAUAGUUCCUGAGAAUUAAAGGGUGGUUGUGUCAGCAGAGAUGGAGGAAGAUAUGAACUUUUCAACCCUGAAAUUUCAGCUAAGUGAUUCCAACAUUAUGUGGAAGCAGGGAAUGGAGCAACACCAGUCUCAGGUGGAUGCAUUGCAAGCAAAAUUUAUGGAGAUAAAGGCUUCUAUCCAAGACUCUGGAGAAGAUGCAAAGAAAGAAUUAGAAGUUCUUUGGAGAAGAGUAAAAACUACUGCUACAUUACUUACAUACUUGAAAUCGAAGGCUAGAAUUAUGGCUGUUCCACAUUUAGCCCACACUUCAUGUGGUAUUAGAUAUCAAGAAGGCAUGGGGCUUGUUGACAAAAAUGGGAUACCGUUAGCUGACUGGUCCAAGGAUGUUGAUCUUUCUUCUUUUGACUGCCCAGAUGAAGAAACAUGGAUAAAAAUUGGUAGCAGGCAAGGAUCAUUUGAUGAACAUGAUGGGGUUUAUAUUGGUGAGAUACUUAAGUCUGUACAAAUGGUAACAGAUGUGAUGGAAGUUCUUGUUAAAAGGGUUAUUAUGGCAGAAACUGAAAUGGCUAUUGAGAAAGAAAAGGUGACUUUAGGUCAGGAAGAAAUUAAAAAGAAGGCACUUCAGAUUGAAAGCAUGUCAGCAAAAGUAGAAGAGAUGGAAAGGUUUGCACUCGGAACAAACUGUAUUCUGAAUGAGAUGCGGCAGAAGGUAGAAGAUAUGGUGCAAGAAACAUCUAGACAAAGGCAACGAGCUGCAGAAAAUGAGCAGGAACUUUGUCGUGUGAAACAGGACUUUGAAUCACUAAAAUCUUAUGUCAGUAGUCUCAUCAGUGUAAGGGAAACACUUCUUUCAUCAGAGAAGCAAUUCCAAACAAUUGAGAGGCUUUUUGAGAGGCUAGUUGCCAAGACCAAUCACUUGGAGGGUGAAAAGAUGCGGAAGGAGGCUGAAGUCCAGAAACUGAUGGAAGAGAACGUUAGGUUGAGUGCUCUUCUUGACAAGAAAGAGGCCCAACUGUUGGCUAUGAAUGAACAAUGCAAGGUGAUGGCCCUGAACGCUUCAUCUAGCUCGUAGCCUAAUUCCUGUUUUUACUGUUGUUGGCUCGGAGGGUGUUUCACACGACACCAUUGGGAGACCCAAGUAUUUAGUAAGCAACUGCUGUUUGAAAUCCAUGCUUAAGACUGUCAAUUCGUCAUUAAGAGGGGGAGGGGAUGACAAAAAGAUCUUUACGUUGUCACUGUUGUACACUUAUAUACUCUAAUCCGCUGAAAAUAUUCCGGGCACUGGGGCGUGCUCUGUGAAUUCAGCAAACUAACAGUCAUGUCCCAUUUUUUGUUGUUAUAUUUGAAAAUGAUUUUUGUAUCCCAUGACUAGUGUGGUCUUCUGGUUUGGCGUGUUGGUUCUUGUAUUAUACUGUCAUGUACUGCAGUAGGGCUAUAAUUGAGUAUUUGAGUGGGCCAUAUACAAUCAAUACCUCAGCACCGUGUUUUGCAUUGCUGAACCUUUAGCAGCAGGACCAUGCUUGUGACCCAAUGAGCUUCA